CUGUGAAAAGGGGUUGUCUAAGGUUCGAAUUGUCUCGAUCAUCUACGCAUUUUAUACAUAUAUAACCAGGAUGGCUGUAAAACCAGUUUACCCAAGGUUUGAAUCGCCAUGAUGGAUUACCGGGAGUGUAAUUUUGGACCCUCAUGCACCUGUGAUCAUAGGCCAACCCUGGUUCAUGGUCCAUCGCCUAAUUUUUCAACACCAAAUGUCAGAGGGGGUGAGCCAUUGUCCCUCACAUCGCCUUCAUGCACAAAGAAGGAACAUAUUGACAACAAUUUGAGAAAAAAAUCAAGAGGUGAAGUUGCCAAUGUUAGAGCAUACGAUUGCCGAAUGUGUGAAAGGGUGUACCAGACUGAGGAGGAACUGGAGAAACAUCUGCUUAACCAUGCUGAGCAUCGCCCCUACAAAUGUCCUCAGUGUCAGAAAGGAUUUAAACAGCCUUGCCAUCUGAAUCAACACCUGCGAACACAUACAGAUGAGAGGCCAUUCCCCUGUGAGGUGUGCCGCAAAUCCUUCAAGCAAGCUUGUCAGCUUAAACAGCACAUGCGGCUCCACACAGGAGAGAAGCCUUAUCACUGCUCCCAGUGCAAUCGUUCUUUUAAGCAAGCUAGCCAGUUAAACCAGCAUGUGCGCCUCCACACUGGAGAGAAACCUUACAAGUGUAGCCACUGUGACAAGACAUUCACACAGGCCAGCCAACUGCGAUCACACAAGAAGACCCAUGAUCCUAAACCUGAGAGGAAGUCCAUGUCAAAAAAGCCAAAGGCAGUUGCCCGAGGUGCAGUGGUUAUGCCUACUUUUACCACCAAGGUCUCUUCGCAGUCCAUGUUGUAUCAUCAGAAACAACCUACUUUCAGUCCUGCUUUAAAAAUGGAUCCUCCAUUUGGUGGAAACUUCAAAAGUGCACACCCAUUUGGUACAGGUAUGUCUCAGGUAUGUCACAUGCGAGAAGUACCAGUUUCCUCUAUAACACAUGACUUUCUGGGAUAGAUCAAAUAAAACUAAGAGCUGUAGUUUCCUUAUGUAUUUUCAAUGCUGACAAGCAAAAAAACAUGUGAUAAUUACAAGGCUGUGAUCUGCAUACACAUUUUGCAUUCAUAUACAAGAACUCUGUUCACUUAAAAUCUUUUAACUACUAUUUGAUUUGGAAACGUCCAUUCCGAACCCACUAAUCAGAAAGAUCUUUGAACAACCAGAACAGUUUAAAAGUGAUCUGCCGUAAUUGGUCACAAACCUCUCUUUCAUCACCUUUAAUCAUAUGUAAUAUUGAUAACUAAACUUUUGAUGGUCAACUUUUUGAGGAUCUAUCUGGUAUAAUUGAGUUAUUUCUAAAGACCAAGCCAUUGUACUAGCAGCAAUAAUAACAUUCAUGCAGGUGACUUGAGAGUUGGUUACACACACUGUGUUGUGAGACAAUAACAGCAAAAGCUAGGACUUUGUUGACUUUAAGACUUAGACACUAUUGCUGUUGUUUUUGCAUUACACAGUGUGUGAAGUUUCCUCUUCAGUUACUAGUGCAAUAGGCUACACAGUGGGGAGGAGUCAAAUUUGUAGUAAUUGUCAAAAGAGUUUUGUGGAAGAAACAUUCCUUACAGUUUAAGUCACUCAUUACUGUUGGCUACAGAGAGUCAAACACAAAUGUAAAAAUGAAAUUGAUUACUAUACACAAAGAAUCACAGAACUAUUUACUCUUUUCUAAUAGUUUCCAGCAAGAGAAAUCAAUCAAACUUGUGCAAACAAAAGUUUAGAUUACAGCCUUGAAUGCAGAUAUUGUUAUGAUAAUUGUUCUUGUCAACAAAUAUUAAAUUAUUGCAGUUUCAUAUAGCUCAUGAUAGACAUACUACAGUCUGGAAUGACAGUGAGCAUGCAAGCAUUUUCUGAAGUCAUUCAUCUAAGGGACGGGUGAUGAAAAGUGAACAUGUGUAAGAAAAGAUGAGGAAGAUACAUGUCCUUGUAAAAGUCAUGUAACAUUUAACAAAGCUCAAAACUUUUCUGUCCUAUUCAGCAGCUGCUGUGCAUGUGUUUUGGUUGAGUGAGGACCUGUAACAUGUAACAAUUUACUUUUCUUCAACCAGUGAAAGAUGAACUCUGAAAAACAUCAAUGCUUCAAAUUUUUGGCAAAAUUUAAUGUAAACAGGACAAUGACAGGAAACAAAAUGCAUAUCAUAGUAGCUUUCGUGCCCAGGAAAAUAGUUCCUUAUGUUGAAAAGCUUGCAUGCCCACUGUUCUUUCAGGUUUGUCCACAUGAGUUAUGGUAAUGAAAUUACCAUGUAGGGCUUUUUGUAAGCAAGAUGAAUAAUUCUAUAUAAAUAUUCCAUUGGUGUAGUUUAGCCUAUGUGCCAUGCACAUUGGAUGAAUUGUCUUACAGAACAAGAGAGAUGGGUAUGUAGGGUGUGGGUGCUGUGAUUGAGAAUGAUGGUCAGCUGUUAAUAUUAUGGACCUUUUGAGGAGAGUAUUAAUGGGGUUAUAACCAAGAGGGGUUUCACAGACUCUUAACUCUAAUUUCUUCCCGUGCUUUUCAGUGACAUGCUUUAUCUGGAGUUUCAGUUGUAUUGUUUGAAAUGAAUAUUUUUCUAUCAGGCUGCUUUUAAAUAUGGAAACAUUUGCAAUGUAUGCAAUAAGCUGAAUUAUACUUGCAUUUUGAUUGGUUCUAAUGCUUAAAUGAUCUAUUGGACAGAAUCAUAGAUGACAUUACCAUGAACAACAUCUUUCUUUUUAUCACAUAAAACAAACUGCUUCUAUGUUCCUGUGGGUUUGUACAGUGGUAGAUCAAAGAAGACGUCAAAAUGUGGUGAUAACAUCAAUGACACACUUGGCUGUGCCUGGCGUGUCACCUAUUUGUUCUUACCACAUUUCGACAUCAUCUGUGAUCUAUGGCUGAAUGGGACAUAUGGUGAAAUGGAAUCUAUUUUUUAAGUUAUGUAAGGUUCAGAAGGAGAAAUUUGAUGUGUUUUGUUUGCUUCUGCAUUUUGAUAUCUGUUACAAAAUUGAUAGACGGCAACAUGAAUUGAAAUAGAACCUCAGAGUUAACUUGUUACUGGCAUAGCAACCAAUUGGCUUGUGAUGCAUUGGUUAAGAUUUGAAUCAGACAACACUGAGGCCAAGCCUCCUGUAACAUACACCACUCUAAGAUAAACACAUGUGAAUUGUGUCUCUCACAGCAAACCUAAGGAAGCAGUGUAAGCUUCUUGGCUAGUUUGCAAGACAUAAACUUAUGCAUUAGAUUUGGCACCUGUAGCCCCUGAGGGGUGCAAUGCGAUAAAUUGACACACCUGCAUUUCAUCAUUAAAGUUUCAUGUACUUUGUCUCUUAUUGGCCUUUUCUUCUUGUGAAAAAAGAAACUCUUAAUUCCUCAUUAGGGGAAUAACUUUUAUUGAAAAACCUGUGAAAGCUGUCAGUUUUCUAGCAACAUUUUGGAUUCUGUAAUUUUUGAUAAAGGGAUUUUUCAUAUCUCUCACUGAUGACUCCCCCACUCCAUUAGUACUCUCCUUAAAAAACCUAAGCACAUGUAGUAGUAACAUAUCAGAUGCUGACCCCUGGAGAAUAAGCAUAUACACAAACCAUAAGUUCAGGUUCAUGUGCAUGUGGCUUCCAGUUCUUGAAACAUUUUUGCAGUAGCCAGGGUUCCCAGAAAAUGUGAUUUACUACAUGGCUCCAAGCUGCAACUUUAUUGGUCACAAGAGCAACUGAAAUUGAAUUUUUUUUUAGGCCUUAAGUUUUACUGAGAUAAGAAAUUGCAUAAGAUAUUAUGAAUGUCCUGUAGUUUUCUCUUGUAAAAACUUGCCCAGUUUUCCUUGGUGAUCUGUGUGUGAAGCCAAAACCUUGAGAUAUGCAAUAAUUUUUCUGGCUUUUUUCCCAUUUUUGUUGAUUAACUGCUUACUUUUGGUGAUCAAUCUAGGAUUUAAAUUCACCAAAUAGCCACUUCCAAAACCACAAGUGUCCCAAGCUCUUGUCUCUAGAAAAAGGAAAAUAGUCAAUUCAUGAAAGCAUCACACAGCUAAGUUAUGUAAGGAACUGUUGAGAAUUCUUGUUAUAAGACAAAUAACAGGGAUGGCAAAGCAAGUUGAAAACAGCAAAGAACACCAGAAACCACAAUGGAAAGACAAGGAGUAAGUUAGUUCUCUCAAUCUUUUGUGUAAAAUGUUUAUACUUCAAAAUAGUCAGCAUUGUAAAUUGUUUCUCUCCCCAUACUAUUUUUUAUAACAGGUAUAAAUUCUCAACAGUUCCUUGCAUAACUUAAUACUACAUUACACAACACAUGAGGCUUUCAUGAAUUAAUCUUUUGCAUUUUCUCGAGACCCACGCUUGGGAUGCCUGUGCCAAAACAAGUUCAGCUUGGAGCCCUGAAUAACUAUAGCUACCAUUUGCAAAGUAAUUAUAACAGGCAGUUGGAAAACAGCUAAGACAUACCUGAGAGCUGGUAAAUGUGAUUUAUUUGCAUGAACCAGUAGUACCCAGAAAUACAAGCUUAGUCUCCAGAUACUUUUGAAAAAAUUGGUAGAGAAUACUAAAAUAUUUUGGUUUUAGUUUUGAGUGCUCAUUGGGGGAAAUAGGCAAAGUUCAAGAUAACUGAAAUCAUGAGAUUUCUGCACUUUUCCUUCAUUUAGUGUACAGAGCAUGUUUAGAUGGUGAACUGAUGUUUUUAAUCAUUUUGUACAUCAGUAUAAUUGUUACAAAUUGUUAGUCCUGAUAAAUUGUGUAUAGUAAUGUCGCUGAAUGACUCAAAACUAUUUUUUUUUAUACUAAUAUUAAUAGUUAUAAUGUAAAACUUGGAGCAGUUUCAAAUUUAGUGUUGACAUUUGAUAGGGCAGGAUGCCAAAUGUGGCAAGAGAGGCAGGUGCAUUUACAUAAUUAUUUACAUGACAAAUGCAGUAAAUCUCACCUCUAAUAGUCCAGGCCCCAGUUGUUCGAAGAUUGGAUAGCACUAUCCACUGGAUAAAACUCUACCCAGUAGAUAACGCUAUAAGUUUAGCUAUUACUUAUCUACUGGAUAGCAAUUUAUCCGUUGGAUAAUGUUAUCCACCCUUUAUACAACUGGGCCUAGAUCAUCAAUGAUACCACCAUGGCCCUAGAAUAUAUUCUUGUUCCUGGCAUCUGACGAGCCAACCAACUGACAAAUUGACCACAAGUGGUCAAUGAGUGAUGAACUUCUGCACAAACUCAGAAAACCAGUCUUGCAAAGGAGUUAUUUAUAGCUUCACAGCCCAAAGCAUUACACUGUCAAGAAUGAGUUUUCAAAAAAAUUUGGGUUUUAAAUGCUUGCAGAUUCUCACUAUGCAACCUCCUAGUCACUGUCCAGGUUUAAAACACUAAAUUAGAUACUGCUCUGUAGAGACACUAAUAAUUUAGUUGCGCCAGAUUAGAAUAUGUGAAGACUUUGUAGAUAUUUGAAAAAAUCAUGCUGAGUUAUAGAAAUGUGAGGUUAAUUUAUUAAUUUUAUAGUUACUGUAAAUUAUUAUUUUGAGGGUAAUCAGUACCUUUUUCUCAUAUGUCUGGAGACAAUAAAUCCAAAUGGAGCAGAAGCAUACAUUAUAUAUUAAGGAUUGUAGUACACCAUACUAGCGUUCAAUAGCAUGCGUUAGCUAGUAGCAUGGAUACCAUGCAGAUGGAAAUAAAUUAUAAAUCAGUAUUAGGAGGUGUGUAAAACAUACCUGGCCCAGUAAUGUAACAUCCUAAGUACUUCUUGUUGUUUGUCACAUAUCAAUCAACUUAUGGAGUGUUGGCAAAUAAAGCCUAAAUGUUUUUUAGAUCUGAAACUAGCUCUGCAGGGAUUGUAGACUUGUAGAGCAAGUGUUAAACUUACAACAGAUUGAGGCAAACUCUAGAUUUGUUCGACCAAAAUUAAUUUUUCUUGAUACCAUAUCUGUAUUCUAAGGAGCAGGCUGAGGUGUGACUCAAAGUUUCCUCAUUUACUGAAAAAAAAAAUGGUUCUCUCAAAAUCCAUAACUUUGUAGGUAACAUUUUCUUCUAGUCCAUUUGAUUGUUCACAGCUUUUCUUUCUUUUGUUAAUACCGGACUACAAGGGAAGCAAACUUGAUUGCAUUCUGUUAUCACAUAGCUUAAUCAAAUGACCUAAGAAAAAAUUCAGGAAAAUACCAAAUAUUCAAAAUAUCUGUCUACAAAUUAUCAGCAAUUUAGCUCCUAUCUAUAGGAGCUAUACAAGUUAGAAAAUUUGUGUAUAUUUUAAGCUUUCUUUCCAAUGUUCUUCUGCUGAAGUAAAAAGUUGCAAAAAUUACUUCCUACCAGAAAUUUUAGUCCUCUUAAAAUAAAAAAUAGAAAAAAUUGUUCCUGCAAAGUAAAUCUGGUCAGCAGCACUGGAAAGGCUGUGAACAGUCCUUGGGGCUGAAAAUUGUUCAUAGGAAGCCUCCAGAGGGGUUUAUGUAGGGAAUCCACAUAUAUUGUGUUAUCUAACAAUUCUGUAGAAAGCUUAAGUCCUAAACUGAGCUUUUUAUGAGAUAAAAGGUUUGGAAAUGUUUCAUAGCUUUUAGAGAAUGCCUUCCAAGUUAGGCUCUAAUUGGUUUCUUCCAUCAGUACUGCUGCAUGGCGAUCACAUCUUUAUUUUGCCAACUUUCUGUACUAGCAUCACAGUUCAAAAAAUGACUCUCAUGAUCUUGCCUACAUUCCUAUUGUUACUAGAAAAAAUAUAGGAUAUAUCUAUAACCAUAAAUACAGGAAACAACACAUUUCCUAUUCUGUCAGUGUGGGUGUUUUUAAUAUAAUACAAAAUGGAUACAUUUUUCUUUUAAAUAGAAGAGGGCAGUCUCUGCUUUCUCUAGCAUAUCAUCUUGCAAUUGUAGCAAACCCUAGAGUGAAAUUUCAUGGACUUGAAUUGUUUUGCUUUGAUUUAAAUAGAAUUCAAUCUUAAUUUUUAGGUAACUUAAUAUACUCUUCAGAGUAUCCUCUGACUUAUUUUCAACAAUGCCACUUAAAGCAACAGUUCUUUUAACCGCAGUUGUUGGAGCUGUCGCAUGAUGUAUUCCUUACAACAUCGUUAUCAUCAUUGUUACCAUGUCUUUGUGUGUAUCACUAAGACUUAUUUACAAGGAUAAAGCAUCGCACGACUGCCCAACUGACUGCUGGUGAAAGGAUUUGUGUUUCAGGUAAACUAACCAAUAGUCAUCAUACCAAUUGGGGGAAGAACGUUUAUUAAUCCAGGACAUUACCACCUAUUGCAAAGCCGCUUAUGGUAAAAAAAAUUAUUGAAAACCUAUGCUAUCAUGUAAUGGAAAGAAGACAAAACCCUCUCAUCUUCCCCUUUUGACACCAGCCAUGCUGCCUAGCAAAGUAAUGGCCUUCUGACGGUGUUACCUGACAUUUUGUAACUGUGGUUGCUAUAAUAGCUUAGUGAAAUAAUGAUCAGCUCUUAGAACUUGUGUGCAGUUAGUACCUCGCUAUUUUGCCUAAUGUUAAUUAGUUCAUAGUAAUGUUUGCAUCUGUUUACUAAAGAUGUUACUUGUUUUAUGCAACCCUUCACUUCCACAGUUUAAAUCUGGACAAUUAUUGUUCUCAUUAAUUUAUUUCUAUUUUUAUUUUGUUUUCGUUGGGUUUAUUUUCUAUUUUUUUGCAAGGAGAGGUACUGAACAGCUCUUUCAGUAUUCUGUUUAUUAUGCCGUCCUUUGAGGCUAAUGGAGGAAACCAAAUAUGCAAGCUUUUAUAUUAAAGCAUAUUGUUUUUUCUGCUUUUCUUUUUAAUUUUUUCGUUAUAUUAACCCUCUACAAUCUUUCUUGAGAGUGUAAGGGUUGUAUACUAGUUUCAGCUACUAAAAAGACGAACUUAUGAGAACAUAUAUUCCAAGUCUUACUAUUAUUAAUGCUACUAGUUAAAAGUUAUGACGUUUUGUUAACAUCCUAUACUUAAUUUACCAAGAAUUUGGUCCUGUUUUGUUUUAGUCUGGCUAGUGACACAUAUGUUGGGAAAUAGAUGGAGAAAUGUUAAAGUUAAGUUAUUUGUUUUCCUAGAAGAGAUGUAGAUGUGUUUUGAGAUAGUGAUAGAAAUAUUUAUAUUUGGUUUUUAGGUAGAUACAGUUAUAAGACUGUUUAACUCCUGAUAACAUAUUGUGUAUAUAAGUGAAAUCGGUAAAACUUGAUUAGAAAGGUCCAUUACUCAUUAUUGUCAACAUAACAGGUCCAAAAAAAAAAACAACCUUUAAAUUCAGUAUAAUUUGACGUUCUACCAUGUAAUGUUUGUGAAUCAAGAGUGAAGUAAUUGAGGAAUAAAACACCGGCCUCUCAUAUGGCCACCACUUGGAAAA